UCCCUUAGUUGCCGAGCUGUGGGUGGUAUGAUGUAGGUGAGGGAGGCGUCGGUUUCGGGACGGAGGCGUCUUCCCUGGAGCGAGCGGAGCUGGCACCGCCGGCAUGAGAAAGCGAAACGAGUCCGUCACGUUGGAGCAUGAAGGCCUCAGCUCCUCGGCUUCGGCACCAGCUGCCGCCUCCUCCUCUCCCCAGUCCCAGCAGCUGGACAAGGGCUUCAGCUUGAGGCAGAGCCUGCGUUUGUCUGGCAGUGGCCGGGCCGCCGGUGACUCUGGCAUGAAGCGAACGCUGGGCAGGAGACAUGGAAUGUGGUUUCGAUUGCGGAAGGUAGUAUUCUGGUUGUUGGGAGUGUACAUAGUCAUUCCAUUUCUAGUAAAACUUUGUCCUGCUAUUCAGGCAAAGCUUGUCUUCCUAAAUUUUGUGAGAGUACCCUAUUUCAUUGACUUGAAAAGGCCCCAGGACCAAGGUUUAAACCACACCUGUAACUACUACCUACAGCCAGAAGAAGAUGUAACCAUUGGGGUCUGGCACACAGUUCCCACAUCUCUAUGGAAAGAAGCUCAAGGCAAGGACCAACUGUGGUAUGAGGAUGCUUUGGGUUCCACCAGCCCUGUGAUCCUGUACUUGCAUGGAAAUGCAGGGACUAGAGGAGGAGGUCAUCGUGUGGAACUUUAUAAGGUUCUGAGUUCUCUCGGAUACCAUGUAGUCACAUUUGAUUAUCGAGGCUGGGGAGACUCAAUAGGCACUCCCUCCGAGAGUGGAAUGACCUAUGAUGCACUUCAUGUUUUUGACUGGAUAAAAGCAAGAAGUGGAGACAAUCCGGUUUAUAUAUGGGGACACUCCUUAGGCACUGGUGUUGCAACCAACCUAGUAAGGCGCCUCUGUGAAAGAGAAACUCCUCCAAGUGCCCUGAUACUGGAGUCACCUUUUACAAACAUCCGCGAAGAAGCAAAAAGCCAUCCCUUUUCAGUGAUAUAUAGAUAUUUCCCAGGAUUUGACUGGUUUUUCCUUGACCCCAUAACAUCAAGUGGAAUUAAGUUUGCGAAUGAUGAGAAUGUAAAGCACAUUUCAUGCUCUCUGCUUAUUCUUCAUGCUGAAGAUGAUCCUGUUGUUCCAUUUCAUCUUGGAAAGAAGUUAUACAACAUUGCUGCCCCAUCUCGGAGUUUGCGUGAUUACAAAGUACAGUUCAUUCCUUUUCACACAGACCUAGGCUAUAGGCAUAAAUACAUCUACAAGAGCCCUGAACUACCUCGAAUAUUACGGGAAUUCCUGGGAAAAUCUGAACAUCACCACCAGCAUUGAACGCUACUUGCAUGGUAGACUUAAAAUUGUGUCAUCUUAAAAGAAAAGAAAGCAGGGGAGGUCUGCCAUUAUUUUAAAUCCAGGCACUGGAUAACUCACAGGUUCCUGCUUCAGUUGUAAUACAUACCCUUGGAAUCCCAACCCUUGGGGCAGUAGAUGCGAGAAGAACUAACUUUGAUGGCUUCUGUUCUCCCUCCUCCCUUUUUUCUUUCUUAUAAAGAAGUAGAGAUCCAAACAAGUUGGAACAGUUAAGUUCAAGCACAAGAAAGACUUGGCAACCCCCCUCCAAAAGUUAUGAACAUUCCUACAGAUGUGUGUUGGGUCUCUACAGCUCUUUACAAGACAAAACUUGCAUUCUAAGAUGAAGAUGAACUGGAUUAUCUGCAAAAAUGUAACUCUUAAAUUCUUUCAGUGCUGCAUCUAGUUUACCUAGGUUUCAGGUUGUUCCCGUACAGAAAUAAAUUUAGUGAGGGAUGUUUUUCUCCUGUCGGUUAUCAAAUUGGGGUGUUGCUGAAGAUAAUGAUUUGUCUUGGUUUUAAACAUCAUUUGAGAAAGCGCUUAAAAUACUUGCAACAAAACAUUUCAGAAUGAAAUGAAGGAUGUUUGUUCUUUAAAAUGACUGAUAAUUUAAUAGCGUUUUAAUUUUCCAUUCUUUCUUGCCUUGCUUUCAAAUUUCAAAGCUGUCUCCAUAUAUAGAUAAUAUAUAAACAUCUUUGCUAUGCCUCAUAUAUAGGCACAUCAUCACUGAGAUUUUCUGAUUUCUGAACCAUUUCCUUUAGAAGUAUAGAUCCCUUCAGUGAUCUAAUAUAUAUUGAUUACAAAUUAUACACUGAAAUGGUUGUUUAAAGGACUCCUUUUAGUAAAUGGAGGAUAUCUUUAAACUGAGUCUAGAAUCGAUGGGGAAUUUAUUUUUCCACUAAUGUAAAAAGGUCUUCCAGUCUCCUCUAAUCAUAGAGGGACAUACAAGCACUUUGGGGCAAGUAAACUGAAAAACAUUUUUAGUAAUCAUGAUUCUUCACAUCCCUAGACAAGCUAUUUCCUUAAAAAUACUCAGGUACAUUUCAGCUGGUCAAACGUUUUCUUUCUUUUUAAAUACAUGAGAGAUAAUAUAAAAAUGAACUCUUUGAUCUGCUUCACAUGUUCACUACAGACCACUGUGGCUUGUUUAAGCCUGGCAUGUGCCUGGUGGUAUUUGAAUGUUCAUGCCAUAGCCAGUUUGUCUCAUCCAAACCAGCCAUGUGGGUUCUAUGAAGAUUGUUUCAGUGCAGCCCACUGUGGCUAAUUUGAUCAUGUGAACUAGACCUUUAACUCAACCUUUUCUAAUAUUUUCAUAGGGAAUAAAGCUAUCGCUUUCUUCUUCAGAAAUGAUAAACAUGUUAUCAAUUGUAUAUAAAACCCCAAAUUUUAUCCAGACCAACCAAAAGUGUUGAAUGCUGUCCAUUAAAAUGAUUCCUUGCUGCUGAAUAUAUUAAAUAUUGAUUUUAGUUUAAUAUUUAUAUUAUUAAAAGCCAGAGCUAUAUGAAAACUUUCUGACCAGUCUUGAAUGUUCCCCUUAGUUAGUACAGCAGUGGGUUUUUUUUCUUUUUACUGUAGCAAAGCAAUUCUUGUUCUGAAAUUUAGCAAAUGGUAACUCAUGGUAAUAAAUAUUGAAUCUGAUUUUCAUGUUCUUCUCUAUUAUCGACAUUGGCCAAAUCAUUAUACUUCAUGAAAUCACUCAUGAAACAGCUUCUUAUGCUAGAUUCAUCAACAACUUAGUUUAAUAAGUUAUGAUAUGUACUAACCAUGAUAAGUCCUGUACCUGCAAGCAGCUGCUUCAUUUGUCUCUCCAUAUGAGUAGCAAAACCAUCCAGGAAGCCCUACAGUUAACUCUACAUCUGAACAAGCAAAUCAUGAUUGAUGGUUUCCAAACAAGCAAGAACAUGAAACAAUGAUUUGAAGUAGGUUUUCAUAACCUGACUUGUUUGAAAUCUACUAACCAUAGUUCUUGGUAUGGUUAUAAUACUUGCAUAGUUUGUGGGACUCUACAGUGGUUAACUGAGGGUUCAGGACUUGCUCAUUCAUUUUCUUAUGCAAAGGCAGAAACAAGGCUCUGGGUGUUUGAAUAUCAUUCAUAUCUUGACUAAUUAAUCUGAGAUCUGGUCAUGGUUUUGUGGUGAGAGUACCAGGCAAUGUACAGAUGGCGAUACUUGCUUAGGUAAUACCAUAAUUAAUUUUGCUGUUACCCAUAUAUUGUGUUUCCUGUUUGCUAUUCAUUAGUCCAUUUGUAUUGGGAAGAUUGACAACCACUUUAAUGAUCUCUGAAGGUACUUAAAAGAGAUGGUGCAAAGCUAGAUAUUGAGAUCACAGCUGGCUUCCAGUUCCCUGUGGCUCUUCCUGAACCUUCCAUUUCUUCCCCCUCUUGGCACUGCUCCUGUAAAACUAAACAUGAGUUCAGGAUACUCUUCUACCUACAUGAUUCUGAGUCACCAUUCAUGGCAGCCAACUUGAGACAUUAUGAGUAGUAAGAAUCCUAGGCAGUGUAGCUGUCUGGCCCAAGCUGAUUACAGUGGUCCUAUGUUUUGUGAAGAUGACCCUGAAGUGUCUCAUUCUAUGAACAUUCUAUAAACAAUGGGCAUGGUAGUCUUAGAAGCUAAUUUUAGAAGUGAUUUUUUCAGUCUGAAGUAUAUUGAGGGUACUGUUCACUAAUAUUGUCUGUAAAUGAAAUACUCUGGUUUUGCAUGCACUGAAAACAUGUACCUUACAAUUUCAUCAUAUUUGCAAAGCAGACAGUAGCUUGUUCUUUGCAUUGAGACUUUCUGCUGCAGAAUGGGCAAUCAGGGUUUUGAUUCACAAUUAACCUCUGUGUAAACUGUGCCACAUAAAAUUCCAUAUUUUCUCUAUACCCCAUAUGCUUAGGUUUACUGCACUAACAAGGACACUAUUUUGGCUCUUUAGAGGAAACAAAUGGAACAUUCCAUCUAAACAUUGCUGCUGUUGUCACUGAUGUUAGUAUUGACAAAAGUACGAACUGAUGUGGAAAUGUCAAUUCCCAUGCAACAAAAAUUAGAUUCCAAAGCAUGCACUAGUGCUGGUUAACUUGAUACAUACUUUCCAAUUAUUAGGUCAGUAACAUGCAUUGAAAUUGAAGUGUUUCUCUAAAAAGUAUGUAGUUUUAAUAAAACAAAACAUUCUGA